AGUGGCAUUUCCGGUGCCCGCUGCCACGAAUUGAGCCCAGCCCCUGCUACACUAAUCUCAUAUUUUGAUGCAAACAAGAUGGACGCCUCGCAGAAAGCAACAGGUGAGGAGGUUGGUGGGUCAGUGCAAGAAACUAGCAGUGGAGGAUCAAGCGUAUGGAAAUAUUUCACCAAAGAUGAGACCUGUAGCACAGUCACUUGCAAAAUAUGCAAGUCUGUCCUCAAAUACCACAAAAGCACAAGUGCUAUGCACACCCAUCUGAAGAGGCACCCGCUAAUGCUAGCCAAUGAACUGCCUAAAUCCUCACGUCCACAGUCAAUUAGUGACUUCACCAAACGCCCUCCUGUAACAGACAAAAGACGCCAGCAAAUCACCAGUUUACUGGUGAAUUUCAUUGUCAAAGAUAUUCGACCUUUAGCUGCAGUACAUGGAGAGGGCUUCAGAGAAAUGCUUAAUUUUUUUGAGCCUAGCUACGAUGUCCCGUCUUACAACACGCUAUGGAACACUAUUAAACAUCAGUACGACAGCCUGCGUGAAAACAUCAUGAGGAAAAUGAAAGGCCAGAGUGUGUCGCUAACAACUGAUCUGUGGACAUCCUCCACCAUGGACCCAUACAUCACUGUGACAGCUCACUACAUCACUGAUGCAUGGAAACUGCAGGCCCGAGUGUUGUGCACAUCUAUGAUGCCAGAAAGGCACACAGCUGUAAAUAUUGCCGAUCGUCUGUCUGAGAUAAUCAGGGAGUGGGACAUUAAGGUGUUUUGCACGGUCCACGAUAAUGCCAGUAACAUGAACUUGGCCAUGGAGCUAUGUGAAAAGUUCCCCAAAGAUCUGGGAUGCACCGGACACACGCUGCAGCUGGCUAUAAAGUCUGGUUUAGUCUUACCCGAUGUGGUGAAGGCUAUUGAUGCGGCACGGAGAGUUGUGAGCCACUUUCGCCACUCCGCACUGGCCACCUACGCCUUGAAGAGACGGCAAGAACAGCUUGGCAUAAGAGCCAACAAACUCCAGAAUGACUACCCGGUCCGGUGGAAUUCCACAGUUGUCAUGCUCCAGCGGCUCUUCGAGCAAAGAAUUACGGUGCAAUCUGUGCUUUCCGAUGAAACGGUCACAAAACCAAGUGUCCAGAAAUCACUCGCUAUGAGAGCGUCACAGUGGGAGCUGGUGGAACAGCUGAUCCCGGUACUGCAGCCCCUGGCCAAGGCUACUGAAAUAAUGUGUGGUGAGCUGCAUGUGGAGUUGUCUUUCAUCUAUCCGGUGAUUUACAACAUUAUCAACACCACCCUGCGUGUUCAAGCAUCCGACCUGGCAACCGUGCGCACCUUCAAGAUCAAGGUUCGAGAGCAGUUAGAAAAACGGUUCAAACUGGAGUCAGAUGACCUGAUAGAGUCCAUCCCUAUUGUGGCCUGUGUGCUUGAUGCCCGGUUCAAGCAUCUUCAGUUCGUCCCGGAGAGUAAAAGAGAGGCCGCCCAGAGCCACCUGAAUGCCCUGCUGGAGGAGGAGGCAGAGCCGCUUGCAGCAACAGGUGAGGGUGUCCAAAGUGAGGAUGUGGAUGACAGUGAGGGAGAAGCAGUAAAGGGGAAAAAAGCCAGAUUUUGAACAACUUUUCGGCCUGCACUAUCAAAGUGGAAGGAGAGCGGGGAAUUAUUCCACCGCAAACGAAGAGGUCCGUGAUUAUUUGCAUACACCGCAAAUUCCCACCAUGCAGAACCCACU